AUGGAGAAAAGAAUAGCACAGUUAGAACAACAGUUGAAAGGUUUGACAAUAGGAGUGAAAACAAAGGAUUUAUCACUGGCAACGAGUAUUAGGGAAUGGAAUGGUCAGUCGCAAGCGAAACCGGUAACAGAAUUCUUAGCCCAGGUAGAACAGUGUGCGCGUGUGAGUAAUUGGAGUGAGGAAGACGUGGUAAACAUCAUAAAGGCCAAGUUAACAGGUGAAGCUAGGCAAUUCGUUGACGGUAGAGACCAGUUAACCAACGACAACGUGAGAUAUGAAGUGUUAAAAGCAGCACUAGUGGACCGUUUUACUGAGAAAUUACCAGUUCGGUACCACUAUAAUCUACUACACGAAGCCACGCAAGGGAAGGAAGAGUCGCCCAUCCAGUUUUUAGACAGGUGUCGGGCACUGAGCACGAAGACCGUGAGGAAGAGCGAAGACCCGACAGUGCAGCGCAUAUUAAAAGAGGAAGCAGAAUUUAGGCUCCUCACUAAUUUCAUCUAUGGAAUGAGAGGAGAGGCCGGAAGGGAGUUACGGAUUCGAAAUCCGGAAACUCUGGACCAGGCGCUAAACAUAGCGACUGUGGUAUACAAUGCGAAGCGGAUGGAACCUCACCGCAAGGAUCAUGAUACGCUGACCGUGAAGACGGAAAGGAAGAGCUACACAAGUCCGAAGGGAUACAGACCGCCAUGGGACCAGAGAAGCCAGCCACAAGGAUCGCCGGUACGACGAUCCAAGGAACGAAGAGAUGCGAACAGAGAUUGGGUUCGACCCCCAGUCAAGUGUUUUUCGUGUGGACGGCAAGGCCACAUAGCUAGGGAUUGUGAGGCAAGACGAAAGCCCACGAUCCAGAGGGAGCAGAGCUCCCCAAAUUAA